GAAGCGGGUUGGGUGAAGGUGGUGUAGUGUUGACUUUUGCCAUUGGUGGUGGUGCUGCUUUCCCAGGAAAAAAUGAGGCAUUUUGUGCAGAGGGGUCUAGAGGUCGUGGCGGCGGCGGCGGCUCCUAAACGGAUUUCGGGGCGGUGGGGCUCGUGCUUUCUCUGCCAUGUGUGAGGAAGGAUUCGUAUGCUGGGAUGCCCUUCAGUUUGCCCUCCUGGGAGGAAACCUAGGGAGUGUGUGUGUUGUCCUGAGUAGUAAACAGUAUGAUUUUCUGACUGAAAGUGUCCUAUUCCAAUCCACUUUAAUUCACUGAUGCCUAAGAUGUCAAUCUCUAGAAGACUAUACCUGGUAUCAAAAGAAGUUUGUCAUAAUCUCCUAAAGUGAAAAGGAACUGAGAACAAGAUGCUGGAUACAAUUUAGACAUUGACAAGAUAAUCUCUGUCAUCAGACUGAUCUACGAAACGAAGAAAUUAUGAGUCACUUGCGGUUGAUUUCUGCUACCUUGAAGUACCGGGGCAUUUGUUCAUUGGUGAAGAAAAAUGUGAACAGAAAAGUACUUCUGCCAAGACGGACUUAUGUUUCACCUGGAGUCACAGAACCAUUCUUGAGUGGAAGUAAUUCAAGUUAUGUUGAGGAAAUGUAUUAUGCAUGGCUUGAAAAUCCAAAAAGCGUGCAUAAGUCUUGGGAUUUAUUUUUCCAAAAUGCAACUGCUGGGGCGCUUCCUGGACAAGCCUUUCAGGCACCGUUACCAGACAUUUUGGAAAGUAAAACAUCACUUGUACAAAGCCAUGGACUGACUAAGUCACCAGGUAAAGCUGAAAAACUGGUUGAAGACCACCUGGCUGUCCAAUCAUUGAUCAGAGCAUAUCAAAUCCGUGGACAUCAUGUGGCUCAGUUGGAUCCCUUAGGAAUCUUGGAUGCAGACUUGGAUUCAUUUGUUCCAUCGGAUUUAAUCACUACUAUUGAUAAACUGGAGUUUUAUGGCUUAUAUGAAUCUGACUUGGAUAAAGUGUUCCAGUUGCCUACAACCACCUUCAUAGGAGGAAAUGAGACUAUGCUUUCUUUACGAGAAAUCAUCAAGCGGUUGGAGAAUACAUAUUGUCAACACAUUGGCCUGGAAUUUAUGUUUAUCAACGAUGUGGAGCAGUGUGAUUGGAUCCGGCAGAAGUUUGAGACUCCAGGUGUCAUGAAAUUCACCAAUGAUGAAAAACGGACAUUGCUGGCUAGAUUGGUGCGGUCAACAAGAUUUGAAGAUUUUCUAGCCCGAAAAUGGUCAUCAGAAAAGCGCUUUGGUUUGGAAGGAUGUGAAGUAAUGAUCCCUGCUCUUAAAACCAUCAUUGAUAAAUCUAGUGAAAUGGGAAUUGAGUAUGUUAUUAUGGGCAUGCCUCACAGAGGAAGAUUGAAUGUGUUGGCCAACGUUAUCCGAAAAGAACUGGAACAAAUAUUUUGCCAGUUUGAUCCAAAGCUUGAAGCAGCUGAUGAGGGAUCUGGGGAUGUAAAAUAUCACCUGGGGAUGUACCAUGAGAGGAUCAACCGAUCAACAAAUAAGAAUAUCACCCUGUCACUUGUGGCUAACCCAUCUCAUCUGGAAGCAGUGGACCCUGUUGCUCAAGGAAAGACCAAAGCUGAGCAGUUCUACCGAGGGGAUACCGAGGGGAAAAAGGUUAUGUCUGUACUUUUGCAUGGAGAUGCUGCUUUUGCUGGACAAGGAGUGGUUUAUGAAACCUUUCAUCUCAGUGAUCUUCCGUCUUAUACCACCAAUGGCACCAUUCAUGUGGUGGUCAACAAUCAGAUUGGCUUCACUACUGAUCCACGAAUGGCUCGCUCAUCUCCAUAUCCAACCGAUGUUGCUCGGGUGGUCAAUGCACCUAUAUUCCAUGUGAACGCUGAUGAUCCAGAAGCAGUGAUGUAUGUGUGCAAUGUGGCUGCAGAGUGGAGAAACACUUUUAAUAAAGAUGUGGUUAUAGAUCUGGUUUGUUACCGAAGACGAGGCCACAAUGAAAUGGAUGAACCCAUGUUUACUCAGCCUUUGAUGUACAAGCAGAUUCACAAGCAGGUGCCUGUGCUGAAAAAGUAUGCUGACAAGCUGAUUACUGAUGGAACUGUAACACUGCAGGAGUUUGAGGAGGAAAUUGCAAAGUAUGAUAAGAUAUGUGAAGAAGCUUAUACCAGAUCUAAAGAUAAUAAAAUUCUUCAUAUUAAACAUUGGCUUGAUUCACCUUGGCCAGGUUUUUUUAAUUUGGAUGGUGAACCAAAGAGUAUGACUUGUCCUCCUACUGGUAUCCCUGAAGACAUGCUGACCCAUAUUGGAAAUGUAGCUAGCUCUGUACCCCUUGAGGGAGUUAAAAUACAUGGAGGACUUUCUCGGAUUUUGAAAGGCCGACUGGAAAUGACAAAAAAUCGAGUUGUUGACUGGGCCUUGGGGGAAUACAUGGCUUUUGGAUCUUUAUUGAAAGAAGGUAUCCAUGUUCGCCUAAGUGGACAGGAUGUGGAAAGGGGCACUUUCAGCCAUCGUCACCAUGUGCUCCAUGAUCAAGAUGUUGACAAACGGACCUGUGUUCCUAUGAAUCAUCUCUGGGAACAGCAGGCCCCCUACACUGUAUGCAAUAGCUCCCUUUCAGAGUAUGGAGUAUUAGGUUUUGAGCUUGGGUUUGCCAUGGCAAGUCCCAAUGCUCUUGUAUGCUGGGAAGCUCAGUUUGGUGACUUUCACAAUACAGCACAGUGCAUAAUAGAUCAGUUUAUAAGUUCGGGACAGGCAAAGUGGGUUCGUCAUAAUGGAAUUGUCCUACUCUUGCCUCAUGGAAUGGAAGGAAUGGGCCCAGAGCACUCAUCAGCCAGGCCAGAGAGAUUCCUUCAGAUGUCUAAUGAUGAUCCUGAUGCUUUUCCACAAUUUGAUGAUGAUUUUGAGGUUUCCCAGCUCUAUGACUGCAACUGGAUUGUGGUGAACUGUUCAACUCCAGCUAAUUACUUCCACGUCCUCAGACGGCAGAUCUUGCUGCCAUUUAGAAAGCCUCUGAUUAUCUUCACACCCAAAUCCUUGCUGAGACAUCCAGAAGCUAAAUCCAGCUUUGAUGAAAUGGUCUCAGGUACCAGCUUCAGGCGUGUAAUUCCUGAAGAAGGGCCUGCAGCUGAAACCCCAGGAGAUGUGAAACGAGUUAUUUUUUGUACUGGGAAGGUAUAUUAUGAUCUCAUUAAAGAGAGAAAGAACCAGGACUUGGAGAAGGAAGUGGCUAUAACCAGGCUGGAACAGAUCUCUCCAUUCCCUUUUGAUUUGCUGAAAAUGGAAAUCGAGAAGUAUGCUAAAGCUGAUCUUGUCUGGUGUCAAGAAGAGCACAAAAACAUGGGCUACUAUGACUAUGUUAAACCUCGUUUCCGCACCCUCGUGAACCAUACUCGACCAAUAUGGUAUGUUGGUCGUGAACCAGCCGCUGCACCUGCAACCGGCAACAAGAACACUCAUCUGGUAUCGCUCAGGAGAUUUUUGGACACAGCUUUCAACCUGGAAGCAUUUGAAGGAAAGAUGUUUUGAUCUUAAUGCAGCAGCCCAUCUCCUCCAUGUGUAGUAUAGUAUUAUGUAUUUAGGAAAUGCUGUGGCCAUAGAUGGAAAUAAAAAGCAGUAGGAAAAUACUUGGGAUCUUUGUGAUGUGCUUUUUUGGAAGGUUGUGUGUAACUAGUCUCUUGUAAAACUAAUGCGUGUACUGUAAAUGCUAAGGGGACCUCUUCAUUCUUCCCCAGUUUAUGUGGUUUUAUGGACUACAGUGCAGCUACCUCUUGACAAAGACACAGAAGAAACAGGUCUCUUGUUUUACUUUCUAGAACAUUCAAGUUAGGCUGGACCAGUAUGUUUGUUUAGUAGGAUUGCUUUACAUUAGAUAUCCGUUUCUAUUUUGGUGUAGCUUAUGUAAAUAGUUACUUAGACUAUUAGCAAAUUGGAACAUUUUUUGGUAGAUUCAAACUGCUUGCCCAAACAUUCUUUGAUUCUUGCAUGUAAGAACACAGCAUACAACUUAGUAGAGAACAGACUUACUUUCUUUUUAGUCACCAAAACUAAUUAUUGGGUUUGCUUCCAGAUUUGUAAUAUUUAACACAUGAAGUUUAAGACUAAUGCUUGAAGCUGGGUUUGUCUCACAAAAGAAGAGUCAUAUGCAUAUCACCAGGAACAGUCACUUCUAGUGACUGUUGUUGGUGUGUGUCCUAUGUUUCUUUUUAGAAUGUGAGCCCUUUGGGGACAGGGAGCCAUCUUAAUUGUUUUAUUUCUCUUUGUAAACUGCCCUGAGCCAUUUUUGGAAGGGCGGUAUACAAAUUGAAUUAAUAAUAAUAAUAAUAAUAAUAAUAAUAAUAAAAAUAAUAAAAAUAAUAAUAAUAAUAAAUAAUAUCUGUUCACUGUUGAGAGUCACUUGUGGGAAAUCCCCUAGUUCACUUAGUUGAUACCUUCACAGUGAAAAUCAGUGCACUGAUAAAUCUUUAGAUAUGCCCAUACACAUAAGAAGACAUAAGUUUUAUAAAGGAGUUGUUUAAACAUGUAACUUCUGAGCAGCUCCCACCCUUUUGAAGAACACAAUUGUUUUUGAAGUCACCUUUUCACAUUGUAGCUUAGCUCUUAAUUUCACAAGGAAAUUCUCAAAAUAUUGGUUGUGCAGCCCUCCGAGACACAUUCCUAUAAGUCAGAAAGUACUUUUGGAUAAUGGAGAGAGCAGCAAAAAUUGCUCCCCCAUCCCUCUCAGCAUGCCUUUGACAAUGGUUCAAGGCUGACCUUUGGCUGAGUUCCGCAGCAGCCUUUUGUGAGAGUGCAACUUGCUCUACCCUUUUAAUGCUGAGGAACAUGUUGGCCACUCUCUUUUAUAAAGCUGUAUAGAAUACAGUACAUUGAAGAUCCUGGAAGAGAGAAGAGAAGAUAGAUAAGCUAUUUACACAUGCAGGUAAAACCAGGCGAAGGAAGACAAGCUCGGUUUUUCCUGAGUGUGUGUACCGCCAGGAUCGUGCCCGAUCCCAGCAGCGCCUUGGUGGCAAACCUGCCUUCAGAGCCACCCUCUUAAACGGGACUAGGAGAGUUAGUGCUCUCCUAACCCUGUUUUACCAAUUGUCUGGGGGAUCCUGGAUGGCUUUGGGGGAGAGAGGGGGGAUCCCCAUAAUGUACUGCACACUUGCAUGAUGCAUAAUAGGACUUCCGGGGGGGGGGAAUGACCAAAUGACCCGGCACUCCGACCCUUGGAGCUGCCGGCAGAAGCCCAGCAAUAAAAAGUGCAUCAUCUGCGGAGGAAGUAAGCAUUUUGUGGCUUCCUCCCCUCGCCUUGUCUGAGCCCUUUCUCCAGUUGUGAGAAAGGGCUCAGAGAGAAUAAGUACAUUAAGUGUAUGUUUAGUCAAGAGAAAAAAGUUAAAUAUGUUUUGUUAAAAGCUGGUUAUUAUACUAGUCAGCACUGAAUGGCAGCUCAAAUAUAGGAUUUUCCUAAAAAAUGAUUUCUGUUAAUAUGCUUUCAGUGCCAUCCCCUUAUAUAUGGGUUAUUAUGAGGACAAAAUUGGAGAAAACCAUGUAUUCUGCUCAGAAAGUCUUGGUGGAAGAGUAGGAUGAUAGCAUAGUUAAUGCAUAUUUGCCCCUAAUGUCAAUUAAAGGAUAUAUUCCCUAGAAGACUUUAGUAAACAAAAACCUACAAGCAAGUCAAAACUCUCUAUCUUUCAUUCACCUUGUAACUAUAAAUUUAAAAACACAUUUUAAAAAUAAAAACCUUGGUCAGAAUCCUAUAAAACUCUUAAAGGUUCUAUUAGUCUCCCUGUUCUGAAACUGAGUACUUCAAAAGGGACAACCCCAUAUCCCCUUUUCACUCCUUUCUCAAAGCUUGAUGUAGUCUGUACAGUGUUCCUGACAAGCAGGAAUUUGUUUGCAGAGAUGUGCCAUACAGAUCUGUGAACAUCCUUACCCAUAAAAGCCUUGGGCGUGCGUCCGUGCCGCCCGUGUCUUUUUCGCCCGUUCUGGGCAUGCGCGGAGAUGGGCGGCCAUGUUGGACCCGGCCGCCGGUGGGCGACUGGCCCCGAUGGCGGCCGCCGCUGCCACGGGAGACCAGAAGGAGCAGAAGCGGCGGGCGGAGAGUGCGGCCGAGGCGGAGGCGGCGGCGGAGCCGCGGCCUCGGCCAAAGGAGUGCGGGCCAAGGAGGCGGUGGCCGUGGCGGGGUGACUGGCUCCGAUGGCGGCGGCCGCCGCCACAAGAAACGACGGGCGGAGAGAGCGCCCGAGGCGGCGGCGGAGGUGUCGGCCCAAGGAGUGCGCCCGAGGCGGGUGAGGCGGCAGCGGGAAACCCCCCCCCCACUAGAGCCCGUUAUUACAACGGGCUUACACAUAUUAGUGUAAUAAUAUUUCCCCUCACCAUCACAGACAGUACGAAACUGGAUCAGGGACUAUCAGGGACUAACUAUCGGGGACUCGGCAUGAGCUGCAGCCCUGCCUGAACUUGAGCUUGACACCUUGGUUGUGUCACAAUAAGUAGGGACAGCUUCACUCACUUUCAUUGUGAAUUCUCAUCAGUCUAGCAUUGUACUUCAUCAUUGGUUGAACAACAGUUGAUACCGCUGUGGUUCAUACUGGGUCCCUCUGCCCCUUUAGGAACAUAGGAAGCUGCCAUAUAUUGAAUCAGACCGUUGGUCCAUCUAGCUCAGUAUUGUCUACACAGACUGGCAAUGGCUUCUCCAAGGUUACAGGCAGGAGUCUCUCUCAGCCCUGUCUUGGAGAAGCCAGGGAGGGAACUUGGAACCUUCUGCUCUUCCCAGAGCUGCUUUGGUAGUUUGUUGGUUCAAUUAAAAAAAUCUUGUCCUAUUAAAAAAAAAUCAAAAAAAAUAAUAAUCUUGUCCUAUAUUGGAGAUGCCAGGGAGGGAACUUGGAACCUAGAUGCUCUUCCCAGAGCAGCUCCAUCCCCUGAGGAGAAUAUCUUACAGUGCUCACACAUAUAGUCUCAUAUACAACCAGGGCAGACCCUGCUUAGCUAAGGGGACAAGUCAUGCUUGCUAGCACAAGACCAGCAUUCCUCCCUUUCUCAUAACUCAAUUUAUCCCACAGUGGAAAAAGCAACUUUACUAUAUAAAAGUUACAAAACAUGAUAUAGUUAUAUAAGAAGACUCAACAGAUCUGGUACUAGUUGGCUGUUCUGAUCUAUAUGGAGCAUUCUUAGAGUUUUAAAUGCUGAAGAAUAGCCAUAAUAUAUGAAAUGGGUAGGUAUUACAUUUGGAUUUUCUAAGCAAGAUUUCUAGCUUCAGUUUUUUCAACUCUGACAGGCAUUAACAUGAUUUGGAAUUCGUGGUUCCUUUAUAUAUAUACUCAUUUAGUUCUGAAUGAGAUUAGUUACAUGAUUGUUUCAAUCCCAUGCAGUUAUCUGGGAUCAAGCACCAUUGAAUACAAUGGAACAUCUGAGUUGAUAUGUGCUCUAAGUAGCCCCAAGGAAGAUUUUUGAGCAUUUUAUGAAUAUAUUGCUGUUUUUACAAGAAAGGCCAUCUCAAUAGAACUUGAAAUAUUUUCUGUCUCCUCUUCAAUGAUAAAUGCUCUUGUGGCUGGGAACAUACAAAUUUAGAGAGCUAAAUUAACAUAGACAUAAAAGUGGGAAAUGGCAGGCUUCCAUUUUCAUUGUUGUUUGUGGACUGCAGUAUUAUAUUGUAAAAUAUAAAUUCUGUCCAAGAAUGUGAAAAAUAAACCGUGGAAUUUAAAGUC